AUGAUAUCCCCUCCGCCACAAAAAGAAAUGUCCAAACAAGGUCAGUCAUGUUUCCCUUUUUUGGACUUCUGUGAUAGCAGCCAAGCAAUCAAUGGAAGUGGUAUAAGGCAUACUCAGCAACCAGAAACAUCAGUGAUUCAUGCUGGGAAUCGUCAGGAGCGCCAACAAAAUCACGAGGGGAAUGAAAUGAAAGAGACCGAGGAGCUCCUUGCAGCUGAAAUGAACAAGCUUUCUGCCCAGGAGCGAGCCAAGGCUCUCGAUGACUUACACUGCGUGGGGGAAGGGCUUCAGGAGACGCCUGAGAUGAUUCAGCAGUCAUUGGCAGAAUUUGAUCACUUGGUGCAAACUUCCUCUACGAAUCGAAUUUAUUCCGUUGCUGUAAAACAGAACCGAGCAUACGUGGAAGAUUUUGAGUUUCGCUUGAAAUUUUUGAGGGCAAAUUUGCACGAUGCAAGACAAUCUGUGAAUCAGAUGAUGAGUUUCUUGCAGCAGAAGGCACUCUACUUUGGAGAGGACAAGGUGGCGAAUGAUAUCAGGCCCGGUGAACUUAGCGGGGAAGAAAUUGGACUGAUGAGCUCUGGCUUCUUUCAGAUUCAGGAGGGGCGAGAUCGUAGUGGCAGAGUGAUAGUGUAUAACUCUGUUAAUAGGAUUCCCGGUCACUGCACGGUCGAGACAAUGAUCCGCGUAAUUUACCAUGUCUUUUAUAACAUGCUGAUUUCGAAACCAGAAGUACAAAGCAAAGGAAUCAUCUUAGUAUACUACGAUGAGUCGAAAGGAUGGGGCAGUCCAAUAUUUCCAGAUUUGAACUUUCAAAUGAAAACCAACAAGUUUGGCAAUACCCUUCCGAUUUGCAUAUCCUCCUUCCACAUCUGUCUUCGUUCAUCCCCAGGGAGUUUGGCUCUGCACAAUCGUAUGUUACAGCUCCUCCUCAAGGCUCUACCACAAGGUGCUAGAACAAGAGCUCGUCUUCACUAUGGUAGCGAUCUAGAAAGGCAGUAUCAACUUCGAGGCUACGGCAUUCCAGUUGAGAAUUUCCCUGUUGACAAGAGUGGCAACAUUCGCCCCGAGGUUCAGAAUGCUUGGUGCCAGGAGUACUUGUUGGAAAACGGAACUUUUGCAAUCGAGCAACAGCAAGAAGCAGGUCAGGAUGAUGAUAACGCUGCUGAUAGGACCCCAAUCCAAGGUGGAAUCUGGGAGACCGAUGUACUGUUAGGACGUGGACGACUAGUGCAGUACCAUCUUGGAAAUAUCCAGUUCCGCGAGGUUCUAGAUGAAGAAGUGAGCAGAUUUGAAAAACUCGCGAGAAAUCAGAGACGGCCCGCUUGUGUGGACCUCACCAACAAGCUGAUUGCAAAUAAUGGAACCCGCUUUUUGAAGGAAAACGGGAAUGAUGUGUGGGUUGAGUGUGGUUUUGAAGAAGUUAUGAAUAAAGUGUCCCAAUUCUUCCGCACCCGUAGACGGAAGAUGAAAGACGAAGGAAAACUGUAA